ACCCGAUUCUACUAUUGAUCUUGCGUACUUGUUAAGCAGUAUAAGCACGACGCUACCCAGGAACAUAUACCAUAUAGAUAUAGUCAUCUGAACUUUCACCAAAACAUGAAGCACAUCGUUAUUUUAUCUCAUGACGACGACCUUCAAAAACAAUAAUAAAUAUCCGUUUUUCUAGUUUCCUAGUUCUGCAAGCUCUCUCCUACUUUUGACACGUGAGAGAGGAGGAAAGAAAGAUGUUUUUUAACGGAUAUGGGUAUCAAGGGACAUCAUCAUUUGAGCAGACAUUUCGAUGUUACUCUGCUUCGUUUAUUGAAAAGCCCGAAAUUGAAAAUGGUGAUAAAAUUAUAAUGCCUCCUUCAGUCCUUGACCGUCUAGCAUUUCUACGUAUGGAUUAUCCAAUGAUGUUUGAACUCAGAAAUGGUGCUUCUGAGAGGGUUUCUCAUUGUGGGGUUCUGGAGUUCAUUGCAGAUGAAGGAACUAUAUAUAUGCCAUACUGGAUGAUGCAGAAUCUGCUUUUGCAAGAGGGAGACAUCGUAAGAGUGAAAUUCGUAUCACUUCCAAAGGGAACAUAUGUUAAAUUACAGCCACACACAAAGGACUUUUUUGAUAUUUCCAAUCCAAAAGCUAUCUUAGAGACCACUUUGAGAAAAUUUUCCUGCUUGACUACUGGAGAUACUAUCAUGAUGACAUACAACAACAAAAAAUAUUACUUGGAUGUUAUAGAAACAAAGCCUGCUAAUGCUAUAAGCAUCAUCGAGACAGACUGCGAGGUGGACUUUGCUCCUUCCUUGGAUUACAAGGUUACUACUGCAAGCAAAACACUAGACAAAGGCAAGUUCAAUCCAUUUUUUGGGACUGGUAGACGUUUGGAUGGAAUCUCAAUUCCUCCUGUUUAUUCUUCACGGCCUUCCGAUGUUCCAAAUGUCAAUUCAUUGUCUUCUACAACAUCUAGUUCACCAAAUUUCGCUCGUCCAUCUCAGGGAAAGCUAGUGUUUGCAUCGAAUUUUUACCGCACAAAAGAAAUAGGAAAGGAAAAGAAUGAGUCAAAACAAGAGCCACCCCAUCAGAAGCAACCGAAAUUUCAGCCUUUCAUUGGGAACAAGUAUUCCCUAAGGGGUUGACUGAUAUAAAAUCAAAGUAUUAGAUAGUGAUUUACUAAGUUGGCCCCAAUAUGAAUAAGAUCAUACAACAAAUGGUAAUUAAAAGUUGAAGGAAAGAGGAGAAUAUAUAUUCCAUUCGAAUAUCUGGUACAUAUGUUAGCCAAUAAUGAUACUUACCGUUUUGUGUAAUAAUUUUAAUAACGACAGGAAAAAAUAGUAGAAAGUGGUAAGAAUAUGUAUUGUCAGACUGCUUCCGUCCAGAUAAUCUUCUAGGCUUCUUUUUCUACCUCAAUGUUAAGUUGAUUGUGGCUGAGUGUGACAUUGAAUGUUAAUAAUCUAGCCAUAUUUCUUUCUCA